CUCUGUGGAACCUCGCACGUGCCAAAGACACGUACCAAUGAAAACCGAGUUACUCAACAUUUAAUAGGAGCAAGAGGAAAACGAAAAGAAAACGCAUUAAUCUCUCAGCACAAGUCUGCAAUCUGAAUCAGAUCUGCUUCAGGUCAGAUUGAUCGGUGUUCGGAGCUCCGGGCUAAAUGGCGGCGGCGAGACAGUUACGCACUCUCCAAUCUCAGCCUGAAAACAAGGUAUGCGUCGACUGCGCUCAGAAGAAUCCGCAAUGGGCAUCGGUUUCUUACGGAAUCUUCAUGUGCUUGGAAUGCUCCGGGAAGCACCGGGGAUUAGGCGUUCACAUCUCCUUCGUCAGAUCCGUCACCAUGGAUUCAUGGUCGGAGAUCCAGAUCAAGAAGAUGGAAGCUGGAGGCAACGAACGGCUCAACAAAUUCCUCGCGCAAUACGGAAUCCCUAAGGAGACAGAUAUAAUCCCCAAGUACAAUUCCAACGCCGCCUCCGUGUAUCGUGACCGGAUCCAGGCUUUAGCCGAAGGCAGGCCGUGGAGGGAUCCGCCAGUCGUCAAGGAAGCAAUUUCCGGCGGACGAGGAGGAGGUGCUGCGAUGAAUAAGAAGCCUCCGUUGGCUCAGGGCGGUUACGGAAGCAACAACGGAGGAUGGGAUAGCUGGGAUAACGAGGAUUCCAACAGAUCCUCAUCCGAUAUGAGACGGAAUCAAUCAGCGAAUGAUUUUAGAGGAUCGGGAGCUCGUCCCGGCGACGGAGGAGGUGCACCGGUGAAGUCGAAGUCAUCUGAGGAUAUCUACACGCGAUCACAGCUUGAGGCAUCCGCUGCGGGAAAGGAGAGUUUCUUUGCGAGGAGAAUGGCUGAGAAUGAGUCUAAGCCUGAGGGACUUCCUCCAUCGCAAGGAGGCAAGUAUGUAGGGUUCGGAUCAAGCGCAGCUCCAGCACCGAGAAACAAUCAACAAGAUGACGUUUUCUCCGUAGUGUCUCAGGGUUUUGGAAGAUUGUCUCUGGUUGCCGCAUCUGCAGCUCAGUCAGCUGCAAGUGUUGUUCAAACCGGAACGAAGGAGUUCACAUCCAAGGUGAAGGAAGGUGGGUAUGAUCACAAGGUGAGUGAAACUGUAAAUGUAGUAGCAAACAAGACGACAGAGAUAGGACAGAGGACAUGGGGAAUCAUGAAAGGAGUAAUGGCAAUUGCGACACAGAAGGUCGAAGAGUACACGAAAGAAGGAUCGACGAGCUGGAACCAGCAUAAUGAAAGCGAGAGCAAUGGUUACUACCAGAAUUUUGGCAAUGGAAACAAAACAGCGAAUGCAUCAUCUGUCGGAGGAGGAGGAUCACAGUCAUCAUCUAAUUACAACAAUUCUCAGAAGUCGAAUUCUUGGGACGAUUGGGGAGAGAUUGAGAAUAAGAAGAAGGAAGCAGCAGCUCCAAAGGUGUCAGCAGCUUCUAAUGAUGAUGAUGGCUGGACUGGUUGGGAUGAUCAUGAUGCCAAAGAUGAUGGGUUCGAUGGUUAUUAUCAAAGUGCAGGCGAUAAGAAACCUGUUGGUCACAACGGGAAAUCAGACACUGCUUGGAAUGGUGGAGGUUUUCUCUAAAGGUGAUACGGAGUGCAGUGAGAAAGUGUAUAAUUAAUUAAGGCUGGGACCGUCGUGGUCUGAAUAUAAGUUGAAGAUUGGUACAUCAUCUUUACAACUAUUUUCAUCCAUUACCAAAGGUAUCUUUUUUUUUCUUCAUUAGUUUGCAAUUUCUUGAUAAUCUUUUUGUUUUUGUAAGGAGUAAAGUAUUUUUUUGUAUAAGAUCCAUAGCCGACUGUUUUGCUAAAGAUUCUCAGUUAGUCUUUUAUAUUUUCAACUGUAAUCACAACUAAACGUUCUUUUUCUUCCCUAAAUUGUCCUUCUUGUUCUUAGCGUACGUUAUUUUUCAAAAGGUAUAUACAUUUCAUUAGUUUAUCCUGCAAGCCAAGAAUAAC